AUGCUCCCGGAGGCCCCGCGGGGCCAGGGGCGCACGUGGCCGGCCGCUCUGCUCCACCCGCGGACCUCGGCCGCCUCCGCAGCCACCUUCCCUCCUAGCCCGCUGUCCCGCAGCACAGGUCCCCACGCCUUCCCGCGCCUUUGUUCUGCCGCGACCUGGGGCCGGACGGAGCGGCUCCCGCCGGGGGUCCGCGGCGUGCGGGGCCCGCGCCCCUCGGUUCGGAGUCGCGCAGUGCCGCAGCGCCCUUCUCUUCCCCGGCCGCUCCCCACCCAGCCUCCGCAGCCACCUUCCCUCCUAGCCCGCUGUCCCGCAGCACAGGUCCCCACGCCUUCCCGCGCCUUUGUUCUGCCGCGACCUGGGGCCGGACGGAGCGGCUCUGGACGAGCGCUGGGCCCAGGGCGGCCCCGGAGGACCAGAACGGCGGAGCACGCCAGCGUGUGCGGGAUGCGGAAAGGCCGGGGAUGGGAGCCAUGGUGCUUGGACCGGAUCUGUGUGGAUGCUCGUCCUGGAGUAGCGCCGGGGUACUGGAAAGUGAAGACCCAGCCUUGCAGGAGCGCUGCGCGCCGAGGACCGAGGCUACGGCCAGGGGGCGCCCGGGGCCUCCCAGCAGGACGAGGACCCGGAAGGAGGUGGUGGCCUGCACAGAUAGAGGGCAUCUGGAGGACCGCCGUGCGGUCUAGCUCACGAUGAAGAUUUGAUCAGCCAGCUUCCUGCUCUGCUACUAUGCCAUGCCUCCUCCACCAUGUUGGACUCCAUUCCUUUGGAACCGUAAUCCAAAAUAAAUACUUUCUUCUUGUUUUUGGUCAUGGUAUUUUAUCACAGCAACAGAAAAGUAACUAAUACAGUUGCACAGAGAGCAAUAUGUAAAGCCUUGAUAGGUGGCUUUUAAUGUAAAAUGAGGUUAAAGUCUGUGUUGCACAUUCUCCAAGCCUGCAAGGUUGCCUUCCUGUAUGUCCUCUCCUUGUUCCCAUUCAUUCCACAUUCAGGAUUUUCUAGUUGCCUAACAGAUCCCAGGCCUCAUGUACCUAGGUUCAUCCAGCUUUGUCCAACCCAGAGCCUGUGGGUCACACACAGCUGAAGAUAGCUGUAAACGCGGCCCAACACAAAAUAAUAAACUUAUUUCAAAUGUGAGUUUUGUGAUUUCUUUCUUCUUUGGCCACUGGACUGUGCUCAGUACUAAAGCGUGA